AUGUCUCUCCCAUAUGGCCACUUCAUCCGCUCCCAGCUCUGCCUCAAGCUACCAACUUCCACCAAAAGCUUCGCUGGGCAGACCAUCAUCGUCACGGGCUCCAACACCGGCAUAGGUCUCGAGGCAGCCCGCCACAUCGUCCGCCUUGGAGCCGCCAAGGUGAUCCUAGCCGUGCGCAGCUGUGAGCGUGGCACCGCGGCGGCGAAGUCAAUUGUAGCCUCGACCGGCCGCGCUGGCGUCGCAGAGGUCUGGGAGCUCGACCUAGCCAGCUAUGAGUCUGUGCGGGCGUUCGCCGAGCGGGUGACGACGGAGCUGGAUCGACUCGACGUCGUGAUCGAAAAUGCGGGCUUGUACACGCACCAGUUUGAGCGAGCCGAGGAUAAUGAGAGAACCAUCACCGUCAACGUCAUCAGUACCAUGCUGCUUGCCGUUCUUCUGCUACCGAAGCUGAGAGAGACGGCGGAGAGAUUCGGCACAGAUGUCGUUCUGACGUUCACCGGGUCGUUUGUCCACUGGAUGACAGAAUUUCCCGAGCGUAGAGCGGAGAAUAUUUUGGAGGAGCUUGCGCGUGAGGAUAGCGCGAGGAUGAAAGACAGAUACAAUGUCUCGAAGAUGAUGGAACUAUUGGCUUUUCGCGAACUCUCGAAGACUGUAACACAGCCGUCAGGCUCGGGACGCAUCGUCACCUCAAUCGUCAACCCUGGCGCGGUGCAGACGGAUAUUAUGCGAGAAGCAAGCGGCUUCUUUUCCCUUUAUGUCAAGACUAUGCGAAUUGCCGUGAUGCGAACUGCGGAGGAGGGUGGGAGAACACUGGUCCACGCCGCUGAGGGCAAUCGAGACACCGAUGGACAAUAUUUGUGCGACUGCAAGCCGGCCAAGCCUGAGUUGUAA